GCGCGGCGCCGCGCUCGGGGCACCGGGUGGCUGCGGCGGCGGCGGCGUCCACCCCAGAGGCGGUUGUUGCUGCGCCCGGUACUGGGAUCGCUGCCCGAGGCGCAGACGCGGUGGACUUCGCCCGCCCCGGCCCUCGGCUCGCUGUGGGCUCGUCAUGGAGACCAACCAGAGGCCGUAUCACCUGGUGGUGUUUGGCGCCUCAGGCUUCACCGGCCAGUUCGUGGCCGAGGAGGUGGCCCGGGAGCAGGUGGCCUCGGGGCAGAGCUCCAGCCUGCCCUGGGCCGUGGCGGGCCGCUCCCGGGAGAAGCUGCAGCGAGUGCUGGAGAGGGCUGCCCUGAAGCUGGGAAGACCGACACUGUCCUCCGAAGUUGGAAUAAUAAUUUGUGAUGUCACUAAUCCCGCCUCACUUGAUGAAAUGGCUAAGCAGGCGGCAAUUGUCCUCAACUGUGUAGGACCCUAUCGAUUUUACGGAGAACCUGUAGUAAAAGCGUGUGUUGAAAAUGGAACGAGCUAUAUUGACAUCUGUGGAGAACCUCAGUUUCUGGAACUAAUGUAUUGGAAGUAUCACGAGAAAGCUGCAGAAAAGGGAGCUUAUAUCAUUGGAAGCAGUGGCUUUGAUUCCAUUCCAGCAGACCUGGGAGUGAUAUAUACCAAAAACAAGAUGAAUGGUACGCUGACGGCUGUGGAAAGUUUCCUGACUAUACAUUCUGGACCUGAGGUUAGUUUUUCUGUUUGUCAGGUGAUUUUUAUAGUUAACAUUAAAAACAUUUUGGAAAUGAUACAUGCUCUCAGCGUGCCCGAGAAGGUGCUGGCAGUCCUAGGUGCGCAUUGUCUUCAUGUUCCUGACUUCCGGGGAACAGCUAGCAGGGCUGAUGUAUCACAUGACGGGGAAGUAGUGGGCCAUCUGGCUGUUCUUGAGCCAGGCACCGUGACCGGUGUCACGAACAGUCAGAUUGCCCAGGUGGUCACGGGCCCCCGGAGGGAGACCCUUGGAGUCAGUCUCAUCUGCACCACGUGGAACGACUUCCAGUCCUUCCUCGACACAACAUCCUGGCUGGUCCUUUCCAGACAUAACCCGAUCACGUACUCCUCAGCUCACAAUUCUUUAGUGGCUCCUUACCGCAUCCGGAGUGCAAGCCAAACGUCCUUCCGGUUAGUGAUAACUGAUCUGGCCCCGAUAAGGCCUUUGCUUUUUCCUCAGAUGGAUGGCUCAUCGUUUACAUUGAGGUUCUUUGGUCAAGGAUACAGCCAAGGCUUUGGUCCCGAGAAGGGCAAACCAAAUACCAGAAUUUGUACUCAGGUGAAAGGACCAGAGCCUGGCUAUGUGGCUACCCCCAUAGCCAUGGUCCAGGCAGCUAUGACUCUUCUAAAUGACGCCUCUGAUCUUCCUAGCAUGGGCGGGGUCUUCACCCCAGGAGCCGCCUUCUUCAGAACAAAGUUGAUCGACAGACUCAACCAACGUGGCAUGGAAUUUAGUGUCAUCAGCAGCUCUGAAGUCUAGACGUUGGAAGAAUUGACUGAAGGCAGGACAUGCAUGAAUUCAUGGCUUUUUUGUUUGAAAUUUGAGACGCUACACGUGAAAAAGUUGUCAGAUCUAAAAUACGUGCACAUUAAAAGCAGGAAAUUGUACUAGCUUGCCCUAAAUUUCAAACCUUUGUUGGCUUUGUGAUUUUAUUGCUCGUGGAACAGAACCGAUAUUUGACUUCUUCAUCGAAGAGUUCAUCGUCAAUGCUUAUAAGUCAGCUGGCGGACUAGAGGGUGGGGGGGUGUCUUGAUCUGUGUUGCUGACAGACUCCCCGUGAGGCACUCGGGCUGGUGUUACUGUAAGGCAGUAACUGGUAUUUUCCUCACCUUGAUUUUGAGGGGGAUCUCCCCUUCUGAUGAGUGUCUCUACGUAUUGUUUGGGCCUUUGCCAAAGGAAAACGCACUUUUUGCUAUGUUAGCCUAGUUUCUCGCCCAUCCACACUAACUGAGUUUUUGACUAUUACCUAAGUUGAAUAAUAAAGGGUUGUCGAUGGAACGGUG